GACCUUGUUGCUACUGACAGCGGAGCGCCACAUGCUGCCGCUUCCCGGACAGCGGCCCGAAGGACAUUUUUUUCCCCCUGGAGGAAGGAAACGGGAGGGCGCCGGCCCGGCGGCGGCGGGCGCGGCGGCGGGGGUCCCGGCGGGCUGUGCAGCCUCUAGCGGGGACGGUCCUAGGACUACAUCUCCCAGGCUGCUCCGAGCCGCCCCUGCGUCGUGACCCCGGCGCGCACGGAGGCGGUGACUCUUACCUCACAGUGGUAGCUCCCCCGCCGGCCGCAGCUCGGUGCCCCGGCGGUCCAUGGACCGGAACCCCGGGCGGACCGGCAGGAACCCGGGCCGCGAUCGCCGCCUCCUGGCUCCAGGCUCCUCCUCCUCGCUCCCCGCCGCCCUCUGCGGACGCCCGCCGGCCGCGCACCGCCGCCGCGGGCCUGUCAGAGCCGCGCCGGGAGGCUGUGUAGCGGGGCCGCGGGCGCCGCGGGACUGAGGCCUACUCCGCCGCGUCUCAGUGCUAUUGUCCCCGGGCCUGGCCCUGAGCGGGGCUGCGGCCGAGGGCCGAACUCGCCGGCUCCGCGGAAGAUGCCGGACCAAGCCCUUCAACAGAUGCUGGACAGAAGUUGCUGGGUGUGUUUUGCCACCGAUGAAGAUGAUAGAACAGCUGAAUGGGUGAGACCAUGCAGAUGCAGAGGAUCUACUAAGUGGGUUCACCAGGCUUGUCUGCAACGCUGGGUGGAUGAAAAGCAAAGAGGAAACAGUACAGCUAGAGUGGCAUGUCCUCAGUGCAAUGCUGAAUACCUAAUAGUUUUUCCAAAGUUGGGUCCAGUCGUUUAUGUCUUGGAUCUUGCAGAUAGACUGAUCUCAAAAGCUUGCCCUUUUGCUGCAGCAGGAAUAAUGGUUGGAUCUAUCUAUUGGACAGCUGUGACUUAUGGAGCAGUGACAGUGAUGCAGGUUCACCAUUCUACUCUAUUCAGUGAUACUACUUUUGAUGUGAAGGUCGUAGGCCAUAAAGAAGGGCUAGAUGUCAUGGAGCGAGCUGACCCUUUAUUCCUUUUGAUUGGACUUCCUACUAUUCCUGUCAUGCUGAUACUGGGCAAAAUGAUCCGCUGGGAGGACUAUGUGCUUAGACUAUGGCGCAAAUAUUCAAAUAAACUACAAAUUCUGAACAGUAUAUUUCCAGGGAUUGGUUGUCCUGUUCCUCGAAUUCCAGCUGAAGCUAAUCCUUUAGCUGAUCAUGUCUCUGCUACCCGGAUUUUGUGUGGAGCCCUUGUCUUUCCUACUAUUGCGACAAUAGUUGGUAAACUGAUGUUCAGUAGUGUUAACUCAAAUUUACAAAGGACAAUCUUGGGUGGAAUUGCUUUUGUUGCCAUAAAAGGAGCAUUUAAGGUUUACUUCAAACAGCAGCAAUAUUUACGUCAGGCACACCGCAAAAUCCUAAAUUAUCCAGAGCAAGAAGAAGCAUAAAACUGACUUCUGUUGUUCUGAGGCCUCUCAUCCUGACGAGCCUGACGUGUUGUUCUGAUUCCAUCAUUAAUGUACUAGUGGAGACUGGUGAUAAGUACUGCUCCUAUAUUUUUAAGAAAUAUAAUAAAGCACGCAAAGCAGGGGAUCCUCUCAGUAAUCACAGAACCUAAGGAUACGAUUCAACUUGGUUAUUUAUAUGUACUGCUUUGACGGCCGUCGACUAAACCAUUAUUUUAGCAUGGUAAACCUGGGUUUGUUCAUAUUUUUCCAGACAAAAAUGUAAAGAUAAAACUGUAUAAAUAUUAAAAAUGGACAUGCUGUUUUAUUCUGAUGCCUCUUUUGUAUAUACUCAUGUUCAGUGUUUUCUUAGAAACAGCAACUCAAUGAAGGUCCUGUGAGGACUUUCCUCACUGGCAUAAUCUGAUUACAUGCUAAACAGGAGCCUGUGCUAAUAUGAGGAAAUGUAAAUUAGUUCUGAAUAAAUAACAAACCAAAAAAUAUAUACGUGAGCAUUGAAAUGAUCAUCCGAACAACAGAGAUUCUGUUGCCUUUUUCUUAACCCAUGUGACGUCUCAGAUAUUAGGGUCAGUUUCCAGGGCUUCCAGAUCACUUUUUCACUAUUAAAGUUUAUUUAUGCAAUGUU